UUCCGCUGGGUCUGAGCUCGGGGGGAGGGUGCCUUCCCCCAGCCCCCCCUCCUCCACCCCCAUCCCCUUUUCCACCCCUCCCCGAGCCCCUCCCUCCCCCAGACUCUGCCAAGGAGCGAUCGCAGCCCCCAGCCCCUCUGUGCCCUUCCCUCCUACUCCCAUUCUUCCCCCCCCCCUCCAGCCGCCACCCGGAUCCUGCCUUGACUCUCUCCCGCCCGGAGAGCGGCGGGAAGCUGGGGAAGGAGCCGGAGCCUGCUGCCGGCCGUGCCCCGUUGGAGAGAGAAGGGGGGACCGCGCAGCCCCAGCCGCCGCCUCCGGACCCUUCCGGGGGCCGCCGCUAGGUGGGGGGAGCCCGGGCCCGGCUACCCGAGAAUGACUCUGGGCAGGAGCAGGAGCAGCCGCUGCGGGAUCAUGUCCGAGAACUCCCCGGAGGAGGAGCCGCUCUCCGAGGUGGAGGACGCGGAUAUCGAUGUGGUGGGCCCCCCCCAGGACGGGGGCAAGUUCAGCGAGGAGGAAGAGGAGGAGGAGGAAGAAGAAGAAGACGAAGACGGCGACCCUCUGGGGCUGCCCAGGACCGGGGCCAGCAGCAAGGCGCGCCUGGGGGGCUCCCCGGAGAGGCAGUCCCCUUCGGGGGCGUCGGAGCCGGCGUGCGCCCGGGGCGCAGCACCCGGGGAGAAGCCCCCGGCGGCCGGGAAGAACCCGCUGGUGAAGCCGCCGUACUCCUACAUCGCGCUCAUCACCAUGGCCAUCCUGCAAAGCCCCAAGAAGCGCCUGACGCUGAGCGAGAUCUGCGAGUUCAUCAGCGGCCGCUUCCCCUACUACCGGGAGAAGUUCCCGGCCUGGCAGAACAGCAUCCGCCACAACCUCUCGCUCAACGACUGCUUCGUCAAGAUCCCCCGCGAACCGGGCAACCCGGGCAAGGGCAACUACUGGACCCUGGACCCGGAGUCCGCCGACAUGUUCGACAACGGCAGCUUCCUGCGCCGGAGGAAGCGCUUCAAGCGGCAGCAGCCCCCGCUGCGCCCCCCGCACCCCGAGCUCCUGCUGCGAGCCGGGGGGGACCCCGGCCCCUUCCUGCCCGGCUUCCCUUACGGACCCUACGGCUACAACUACGGCCUCCAGCUGCAGAACUACCACCACCCCCAUCCGCCUCACCCCGGGGCGGGGGGCCCCUUUCCCUUCCAGCCCCCGCACUGCCCUGCCCUGCCCGGACCUCCGCCCCCGGCCGCCUCGGUCUUUUCCGGCGCCCCCAGCCUCCCCUCCUUCCUGGGCGGCGAGCUGAGCUGCAGGAAACCUUUCUACCACCCGCAGCUGAGCCCCACCGCCCUGCCCGCCGCCGCCGCCCUCCUGCAGACCCUCAAGGCAGACAACAGCCACGGUGGCGGCGGCAGCAGCACCCCUCGGAGGCCUUCGUUUUCCAUAGACAACAUUAUCGGGGGCGCUGCCCCGCAGCCCCACAGCGGCUCCCCCACCCCCUCACCUUACGCCGCUGGCCAAGUUGGGAGCCAGGCUCAAGUCCUGGCCAUGCUGACUCCUGCUUUGGCACCGGCACAGAAUCACUUAAACUUGUCCCACGAGUCUCUCCUGCAGCCCGGACAGAACUUUUCCAGCAAAAUCACAACUCUGAGUAGUUGUCCCUUUUAAGAGAACGAACAAACAAACAAAAAAAGCCCCCCCUUCAAA